GAAUUUGAAGACAUCAACAGAUGGGGACUAGAUAUUUUCAAGAUAGCUGAAUACUCCGGGAAUCGGCCUUUGACGGUGGUCAUGUACUCCAUUUUCCAGGUAUGAGUCUCCCAUUACUUUCCCAAUUGUAGCAUUUUCUAGCAUUCUCGACAAGGCAUUUUUCAUCUCUUAGUGUAUUGGCCAGGGGUUUGAGUCCCGGUUUGGGCUACCCCGAAUUCGCUGCAAUACUUUACCCCUAUGUUUCUUACGUAUUUGGUCUACUCUUCUGUGAGCCUGGUUUCUGUUGCUCCCCAAACUCAGGAGCGAGAGCUGCUGAAGAACUUUAAGAUCCCAGCCGACACCUUCGUCACCUUCAUGAUGACCCUGGAGGACCACUACCACACCGACGUGGCCUACCACAACAACAUCCACGCUGCCGACGUGGUACAGUCCACUCAUGUCCUCCUCUCCACCCCUGCCCUGGAGGUAUGGGACGCUCCAUUAUAAGGACGAUUAAAGGAUGAUGUCCAGCCAUAUUCUAUAUUCUAAUCUAGUUAGUAGACUUGCCCUGUGCAUGGCUUUGGAUUUCAUCAACUUUAUCAAUGAAUAUUGAGGGAGAAGGCAUUUGUUCAUGGUUAUAAUAGUAAAGAUAAGGUUACAAAAAAAAAUCCCACGGUAAGUGUUAAUACUUAGUAACUCUUAACAGUAGUAGUAACACAAAAGUGUCUGUUGAUUGUUUUCAGGCUGUCUUCACUGACCUGGAGAUCAUGGCUGCUCUGUUUGCCAGUGCCAUACACGACGUGGAUCACCCCGGAGUGUCCAACCAGUUCCUCAUCAACACAAGUCAGUCCCAUCCCUCAUUAGCAAACUCACUGAUUAGAUAUAAAGGAUAUGUCCUUUGGAGCAAAAUGUGUUUUGGAGCUACUACUGUGAAGACUACAUUAUAGCAUCUGUAAGGCGUUACAUCACUGAAUACAGGAGUGCCUUGGAAUUCUUGUUGCAUUACUCACAGUGUGUGUGUUCCUACUGUAGACUCUGAGCUGGCUCUGAUGUACAAUGACGCCUCGGUCCUGGAGAACCACCACCUGGCCGUGGGCUUCAAGCUGCUGCAGGAGGACAACUGUGACAUCUUCCAGAGCCUCAGCAAGAAACAGGGACAGUCCCUCAGGAAGAUGGUCAUCGACAUGGUGAGACACUGACUGAAUUAAUUGGAAUUUAAUAGAAAUAACAUUUUAGCUACACACCUCCCUGUUAUCAUAGUUAAACAUGAUAAGGAAUUAGCUAACAUCAUAAUAAUAUGGCCAUUUAGCAAAACCUUUUUCCCAAAGUCACUUAACGGUACAUUUAACACAUACUGAGUGUACAAAACAUUAGGAACUUACUCUUUCCAUGAUAUCGUCUGACCAGGUGAAUCAAGGUAAAAGCUAUGAUCCCUUAUUGAUGUCACCUGUUAUUUCCACUUCAGUCAGUGUAGAUGAAGGGGAGGAGACAGGUUAAAGAAGGAUUUUUAAGCCUUGAGACAUUGAGACAUGGAUUGUGUAUGUAUGCCAGUCAGAGAGUGAAUAUUUAAGUGCCUUUGAACGGGGUAUGGUAGUAGGUGCCAGACGCACCGGUUUGAGUGUGUCAAGAACUGCAACACUGCUGGGUUUUUCACACUCAACAGUUUGCCGUGUGCAUCAAGAAUGGUCCACCACCCAAAGGACAUCCAGCCAACUUGGCACAACUGUGGGAAGUAUUGGAGUCAACCCUUUGGAAAUGCUUUCGACGCCUUGUAGAGUCCAUGCCCAGACAAAUUGAGGCUGUUCUGAGGCUAAAAGGGGUGCAACUCAAUAUUAGGAAGGUGUUCCUAAUGUUUUGUACACUCAGUGUAUAUUCAGUAUGUGGCCCAUGUGGGAAUCAAACCCACAACACAACCCUGGAUGUGGGCAGCACCAUGCUCUAACCCACUGAGCCAUUGGACUUAGUGACUGAAGUAAGUGUGAUGAAUGAGUAUUGUCCUCUGCAGGUGUUGGCCACUGACAUGUCCAAGCACAUGAACUUCCUGGCUGACCUGAAGACCAUGGUGGAGACCAAGAAGGUGACCAGUCUGGGAGUGCUGCUGCUGGACAACUACUCAGACCGCAUCCAGGUCAGAGGUCAUUCCUAGAUUAGUAGACACCACGGGCAGUGGCGGACUUACCAUUAGGCUACUCAGGCAAUUGCCUGGGGCGUCACAUCAUCAGGGGCCUUGCGAACUUGCCAUCAUUUCGUUUAAUAAUACAUAAUUUCUCAGUUAUCUUGCAUUCCUCCUCCGCCCGAGGCCCUCCUCCGAUGUGUGCUAUUUAGCGGUUGUGACCGUCUCUGGUUGUGACAAAUGGAGUGGAUUCGCUUUUCUUUCUCCAAAUUUGGCGCUAACUUUUGAACACUUGGGUCUAUUAGCUAUUAUGACCCCAUUCCUGAAAGCUACAACUCUUUCUAUUUCCCUCUACGAAACUCACAAGCUGCGCAGGACACGUUAGAAGGGACUGUGAGCAAACCACGAUUGAAAACAAUGCAUAUAUUUUUUUCUACACACAUUAUUACCUGAUUAUGUUUUCCCGAACAUUCGAUUAGCCUACCUUUCUGAUGCAUUUCACUCAUUUAUUAUGCAAAUUAAAAUUGUUACACCUUUCCCAUAUUCAAGCAAUUUUACCUAUUUUCUUAUUAGCCUUAUGAACAUAGAAACUUGGUUGCAGUUUGUAUAUGUGCUAGAAUGGUUAAAAAGGCCAUAAAAUUAAAAUAUAUAUACAGUGGGGAAAAAAAGUAUUUAGUCAGCCACCAAUUGUGCAAGUUCUCCCACUUAAAAAGAUGAGAGAGGCCUGUAAUUUUCAUCAUAGGUACACGUCAACAAUGACAGACAAAUUUAGGAAAAAAAUUCCAGAAAAUCACAUUGUAGGAUUUUUUAUGAAUUUAUUUGCAAAUUAUGGUGGAAAAUAAGUAUUUGGUCGCCUACAAACAAGCAAGAUUUCUGGCUCUCACAGACCUGUAACUUCUUCUUUAAGAGGCUCCUCUGUCCUCCACUCGUUACCUGUAUUAAUGGCACCUGUUUGAACUUGUUAUCAGUAUAAAAGACACCUGUCCACAACCUCAAACAGUCACACUCCAAACUCCACUAUGGCCAAGACCAAAGAGCUGUCAAAGGACACCAGAAACAAAAUUGUAGACCUGCACCAGGCUGGGAAGACUGAAUCUGCAAUAGGUAAGCAGCUUGGUUUGAAGAAAUCAACUGUGGGAGCAAUUAUUAGGAAAUGGAAGACAUACAAGACCACUGAUAAUCUCCCUCGAUCUGGGGCUCCAUACAAGAUCUCACCCCGUGGGGUCAAAAUGAUCACAAGAACGGUGAGCAAAAAUCCCAGAACCACACGGGGGGACCUAGUGAAUGACCUGCAGAGAGCUGGGACCAAAGUAACAAAGCCUACCAUCAGUAACACACUACGCCGCCAGGGACUCAAAUCAUGCAGUGCCAGACGUGUCCCCCUGCUUAAGCCAGUACAUGUCCAGGCCCGUCUGAAGUUUGCUAGAGUGCAUUUGGAUGAUCCAGAAGAGGAUUGGGAGAAUGUGAUAUGGUCAGAUGACUUUUUGGUAAAAACUCAACUCGUCGUGUUUGGAGGACAAAGAAUGCUGAGUUGCAUCCAAAGAACACCAUACCUACUGUGAAGCAUGGGGGUGGAAACAUCAUGCUUUGGGGCUGUUUUUCUGCAAAGGGACCAGGACGACUGAUCCGUGUAAAGGAAAGAAUGAAUGGGGCCAUGUAUCGUGAGAUUUUGAGUGAAAACCUCCUUCCAUCAGCAAGGGCAUUGAAGAUGAAACGUGGCUGGGUCUUUCAGCAUGACAAUGAUCCCAAACACACCGCCCGGGCAACGAAGGAGUGGCUUCGUAAGAAGCAUUUCAAGGUCCUGGAGUGGCCUAGCCAGUCUCCAGAUCUCAACCCCAUAGAAAAUCUUUGGAGGGAGUUGAAAGUCUGUGUUGCCCAGCGACAGCCCCAAAACAUCACUGCUCUAGAGGAGAUCUGCAUGGAGGAAUGGGCCAAAAUACCAGCAACAGUGUGUGAAAACCUUGUGAAGACUUACAGAAAACGUUUGACCUGUGUCAUUGCCAACAAAGGGUAUAUAACAAAGUAUUGAGAAACUUUUGUUAUUGACCAAAUACUUAUUUUCCACCAUAAUUUGCAAAUAAAUUCAUAAAAAAUCCUACAAUGUGAUUUUCUGGAUUUUUUUCCCUCAUUUUGUCUGUCAUAGUUGACGUGUACCUAUGAUGAAAAUUACAGGCCUCUCUCAUCUUUUUAAGUGGGAGAACUUGCACAAUUGGUGGCUGACUAAAUACUUUUUUCCCCACUGUAUAUUGGUUAGUUAUUGGUCGAUAUUCCAAAUAAUUUCCACAUCAGUGCAUCCCUAACUAACUAAAACCAGAUAGAAAGUAUGUUGAAAGGAUAAUGGCCCUAUAAGCCUAUGUUUUAAAAGAACUGCCCUUUUUCUGGCCCCGCAAAUUUGCUUUUGACUAACAAAUCGGUCUGGAAAGACAUCUGUGCGGCCCACCGUUGAAUUCUGAAAACCCAAUGUGGCUUUUGAGAUAAAAUUAUUGCCCACCCCUGUUCUAGAGUAUGUGGUGAUACAAAAACCUUUCCUAGUGAAGGGCAUUUCAAGUGUUUUCAGUUAGCCUUUUCAUUCUGCCCCACUCACCUAAAAGAGCCGGCUCCGAACAGCUCUUCGCUCAGUAGCCAUGAUUUUGUUAAGUAGACAUGGGGGUGCCUCAGACUGGCCUCCGCAUGGGGCCUUCAAAUCACUAAGUCCGCCCCUGACUAGUGCUGAGCAAUUUUAGCUUUUUGAGGUGGGUUCGGUUUUGGUUAGAUUAUAAAAAAAUAAUUACGGUUUUUCGAUUUUUUAUUUAUUUAUUUUUUAUGUAUUGCGCUAUGCAUUAUGUUGGUUGAAUGCUGUAACACAGAAUAAAAAUAUUAGGCCUAAUACAAGCCCCAUGAUGGUAGUGACUGCCCAUUGCUGCUUAUCAUUUAUUAACCAAUAUUUAUUCACAUUACUUUAAUGAAAUAUUUCAGUUGUUGCGUAUAUUACAUUUGUUUUAUAGUGAUGAAUUAAAUAUUUAUUUAAUAUUUCCAAGUCAUCAACUCAUCUCUAUAGAGCUGCUGCCUAUGCUGUCUGACAAAAUCACUAUUUUAGCAGUUCUUCAAAGUAAAUAAGGCAUACUUUUAUGACUGCUGAAUACCAACUAAUGUUAAUUAUUGCUUUUUGACUGCAAAAGUGAUCUGUGAAAGUGAAUGGAGACUUACUUCCAUUCAGCCACAAAGCAUUAGUGAGGUCGGGCACUGAUGUUGGGGCAAUUAGGCCUGGCUCGCAGUCUGUGUUCCAAUUCAUCCCAAAGGUGUUGGAUGGGGUUGAGGUCAGGGCUCUGUGCAGGCCAGACAAGUUCUUCCACACCGAUCUCAACAAACCAUUUCUGUAUGGACCUGGCUUUGUGCACUGGGGCAUUGUCAGGCCUUCCCCAAACUGUUGCCACAAAGUUGGAAGCACUGAAUUGUCUAGAAUGUCAUUGUAUGCUCUAGCGCGAACCAUGAAAAACAGCCCCAGACCAUUAUUCCUCCUCCACCAAACUUUACAGUUGCACUAAGCAUUGGGGCAGGUAGUGUUCUCCUGGCAUCAUCCAAACCCAGAUUUGUCCGUCGGACUGCCAGAAGGUGAAGCGUAAUUCAUCAUUCCAGAGAACGCGUUUCCACUGCUCCAGAGUCCAAUGGCGGCAACCUUUCACCACUCCAGCAGAUGCUUGGCAUUGCGCAUGGUGAUCUUUGGCUUGUGUGCGGCUGCUCGACCAUGGAAACCCAUUUCAUGAAGCUCCCGACGAACAGUUAUUGUGCUGACCUUGCUUCCAGAGGCAGUUUGGAACUCGGUAGUGAGUGUUGCAACCGAGGACAGAUUAUUUUUACGCUCUAUGCGCUUCAGCACUCGGCGGUCCCGUUCUGUGAGCUUGUGUGGCCUACCACUUUGUGGCUGAGACAUUGCUGCUCCUAGACGUCUCCACUUCACAAUAACAGCACUUACAGUUGACUGGGGCAGCUCUAGCAGGGCAGAAAGUUGAUGAACUGACUUGUUGGAAAGGUGGCAUCCUAUGAUGGUGCCACGUUGAAGGUCACUGAGCUCUUCAGUAAGGCCAUUCUACUGCAAAUGUUUGUCUAUGGAGAUUGCAUGGCUGUGAUCAAUUUUAUACACCUGUCAGCAGCGGGUGUGGCUGAAAUAGCCGAAUCCACUAAUUUGAAAGGGUGUCCACAUACUUUUGUAUAUAUAGUGUAGCUCAAGACUUCAUAGUGUGUAAAUGUAGGUUUCUACGUAAAUGCCUGAAAUAGAAAUGACAAAAUAUAUAUGUAAUAAAGAAUCUUCUGAAAAUAUCAAAGCAAUAGAUAAACUGAGAACUAACAUGGGUCCUCCGUGCGUGUCUCAAGGUCCUGCAGAACAUGGUUCACUGUGCUGACCUGAGUAAUCCCACCAAGCCCUUGGAGGUCUACCGCAAAUGGACGGACCGCAUCAUGGUGGAGUUCUUCACCCAGGGGGACAGGGAGAGGGACAAGGGCAUGGAGAUCAGCCCUAUGUGUGAUAAACACAACGCCUCCGUUGAGAAGACCCAGGUACUGUACAGCGCAUGUGCAAUGCAUACAAGCACGCAGGCACAGGCACACAGGCUCUCUCACGCAUGCAAAUCUGCAAACCCACCCGCAGAUCUUUGGCACUGCUUAACAGACCCAGUUGCUUGCAAAUUAUUGUCAUACUGUCUGUUGAAACCCAUCAACUCAAAACAGUGUGGGGCCAUACUCGUUAACUUUUGCUAAGACCAUUAUUUUAAAUAAUUGGUCUUAAAUGGCUAGCUGCUAGCUUUUCUCAUAGGCCAACCUGGCAAAAUUAGCGAUGAUGCUGGGGACGGCCAGCUGAGCAGAUAAUUCGAUCCGGUAACUAAAUAACAAAUCAACUUAUCAGAGACAUUAAACGUUAUAGCCACCAUCCAAUCGUAUUUGUUAAACAGGUCAACUUCGCCACCAGAGGGAGAUUGUUAAACCAUCCAACUGCUUGGUUUAGUUUCUUACCAAUGGUCUUGGUAAGUGGAGUGCUCCAAUAUAUUUUGCAUGAUGCUUCCAUGACUAGGCUACUGACGUUACACAAAAUUCAAAAGGCAGUAAGGCACAUUUCCGCAUAUAUGACCAAAUUCCAUGUUUUUGCUUACCGUUUCAUACACAUCCAUGUGCUUUUAUAGGGAAGAAAACAUGUCAGAGGAUUAUACGUUUAUAUUCGUAGCUACGGUGGUCUUGUGAACUGGUUGUAUUUUUUCCAAACCAUUAUGACUGAUUGGGGGCGCAGUCUGCUAAGACAGUUGGCUCGAAGUUCAAUGGAUGCUUUAGUGAGAACGUGUUGGGAUCAGAUCCAACUACGUUGACGAUUUUAAUUGGCUGAUAAGAAUGUAGUUACUGGAUAUAGCAUCGUGGCUAAUUUUGCCAGCAUGGUCUAUGAGAAAAGCUAGCAACUAGCCGUUUGAGACCAAUGGUUUAAACCAAUGGAUUUAGCAAAAGUUCACAAGUAUGGGUCUUUGUGCGUUUAUUUACUCCCCCCUGCAGGUAGGAUUCAUAGACUACAUUGUCCACCCUCUGUGGGAGACGUGGGCUGACCUGGUCCACCCUGACGCCCAGGACAUCCUGGACACGCUGGAGGACAAUCGGGAGUGGUACCAGAGUAUGAUCCAGCGCAGCCCCUCACCCACCCUCGAGGACAGGGACCUUGACGGGGGGCCAGAGGCCCUGGAGGCCAUGGCGGGGGGCUGCUGCACCUCCACAGGGGACAAGUUCCAGUUUGAACUCACCCUGGAGGAGGAGGAGGAGGAGGGCGACGUCGAGUCAGACCUGGAGAGCCCCCCCGAGGAGGAGAGGUCACAGGGGGGAGAGACCUCUAGGAAGACCCCGGCCCUGUCUCUAUCCCCAGAGCCCAGCAGCAGCACCAGAUACCGGCCCCCCUCCCCUCACCCUGGCCGGGCCCUCAGUCUGACCACCAUGUCGGUCAGGAGCCCUGGCCAUCUCAGGACGUUGAGCCCCGGGCUGGACGGGGACGACAGAGACGAUAGGGACAGAGAACUGGGCCAGGAAGGGAGUAGUGUAGCGUACCUACGGCUUGGCACGUAA